CAACACGCUAUGAACUGACCUUGCUCCUACACUUCCAAGCAGGAGCAUGAUCUUGUCGAUGCCCAGACGCGGCGGCGGACAGGCUAAUAUGCCUGCUCAUGCAAAAGAGGCCAGUCGACCGCAGUCUCGGGAAGCAAGUGCAGCGACAGGUACCCGUGCACGUUCAAAGACACUCACAACGCCUCUCGCAACGCCUGCCGAGGAACUCAAUGGCUUCAGCUGGAACUGGUCAGAGAGUACGUCUCCGACUUCGACAAAUCACUUUGAGGCCUUGCCGCGGGAACUCCAGACACACGUCUUGUUCUUUUUGCAGACAAAGGAGCUCGUACGCUGCAUGCCAGUCUGUCGUGCUUGGCAGGAAUUGGUCUAUGAUGGUGCUCUAUGGAAGGUGCUUGAUACCGAGACCUUUUAUGCUCAAAUUCCUGCUGUGCAGCUGCGCAAGAUGCUGGAGCGAGCAGCGCCUUAUGUGCAGCAUUUGAAUUUGCGUGGGUGCACACAGCUCAGAGACGAUAUGCCUUUCACUUUUGUCAAUCUACAAUCUAUCAACUUCGAAGGCUGUCGAACGCUUGGUGGCGGAACACUCAAUGCGUUCUUCAGUAGGCACGAGAACCUCGCCGCGGUGGAUGUGAGUGGACUUCAAGCGAUCGAUGCGUCUAGCCUGCUUGCUCUCGAGUCACACAGUCCACGACUUGAGGCUCUCAACAUCUCCUAUACAAAGAAUGUUCUUGUGACAGGGAUGGCCAAGACUCUCAAGGCGUGGCCUGAGCUUCAAGAUUUGCGCAUUGCAGAGUGUGGCGUUAGUUCCGCGGUUAUGCAUUCCAUCCAUGGACUCAAGCGUCUUCGUCGACUUUGCUUGUCUGGGUGUCUCAAUCUCAAGGACACUGACCUCAAGACCAUGAUUUAUGGUCACGCGCCAUUCGGACUGCAUUAUCCAGAACGCACAGCGCGCAUGACACAUCUUGUUCACCUCGAUAUCUCACGCACACGCUUAACAGACGCCUGCAUCCAGUACAUGUGCGGCACGUUGCCGAAACUCGAAAAACUUGAAGUUGCUGGUAUCACUGAGUUGACGGAUGCCGGCAUCACGCAACUCGUGCAACACUGCCCGCGUCUAACACAUGUUGAUUUUGAGGAUUGCUCCAUUGGCGAUGGUGCAUUGCAAGCGCUCGCUUCUAGCUGCCGCAAAUUACGCCAUCUACAGCUGUCGCACUGUAGCAACAUCACAGAUAUCGGUGUCCUUCAGCUGAUUGACAAUCUACCAGCUCUGCAACAUCUGGAUCUAGACAACACCAAGAUUACAAAUCGAGUCUUGUCCGGCGUUGCGGCCAAGACGACCUCUAUGCGCAUCUCGCUCUACGACUGUCCCAACAUCUCCUGGACGGGCGUCCUGUCUAUCUUGACAAGCAACAGCACGCGGCCGACUCAUCUCAAGAAACUCAAAACAUUUUAUGGUUGGCAACGCCCCGUCGAUGGCCAUACCCGUGCCAUUCUUAAGGGCGACUUGCACUCUGCACGAGAGAUUGAAAAGGCGUGGACACAGUACAUGAUGCAGUCCUCUGAGGAGAUCAUGCGCGGCGAAGCGGGCAGAAGUCGUUUUCUAGGUUUGGAUGUGGGUGAAGCGGGUCCUCGGAUUGUUGGGAGAGAGACACGUCGGCGACGUGGGUGUGUCAUCAUGUAGCUCGUCAUCUUUCUUCUUGCUUAGCAUUUCUUUGUAGCGUUUGGCCAAUCUCAUUUCUUUACAACACCGGCAAGUGCUUCAAGUGUAUCCUUUGCGGCGCUAUACCCACCCAAAAAGAUGAAUCCACCCGUGCUGAUCCAGCCGAUGCGUGGCACGAUACCUUUGCUCAAUGCCAAAAGUCCCUCUUCCUUGACAACUGUUUGCAAUGUUCUAAACCAACCAUCUGCGGAAUCA